AUGGGAUCAUUUAAGAUCUCCUUAGCAUUAUUUAGCUUCAUUCACCUUGUAAUCUUCUGGCCAUCUGGAGCUCAAAACUCAAAACAGGAUUAUCUCGAUGUUCAUAACGCAGCUCGUGCCCAAGUUGGUGUUGGCCCGAUAGCUUGGGACGACACGGUGGCUGACUAUGCACAUGACUACGCCUAUCAGAUUAUAACCUACUGCAAUUGGACGCGAUCUGGGGGCCCUUACGGUGAGAACUUAGCUGAAGGCAGCGGAGACUUCACGGCCGGGGAUGCCGUCAAUCAGUGGGUGAGUGCGAGGCAAUACUACGAUUACGACUCCAACGCAUGUGCUCCAGAAACGGAGGAGUGCGGGAACUACACUCAGGUGGUUUGGAACAGCUCAGUUGGUCUGGGCUGCGCUAGGGUUCAAUGCACAAAUGAUGAUUUGUAGUUCGUGAUUUGCUGUUAUCAUCCCCGUGGCAACUACAUUGGUCAGCGUCCUUAUUUGAAGUUAUGAUCCCCGUCUAGACGUGUUAUCUUUGUCUUUCUCCGUGCUUAGUCCUCUCAUACCCUUUCUUAAGUGAUAAUUCUUAGCUUAACUUGAAUUUGAACUUCUAGAACAGACUUCGAUAACAUGCAUGCAGGUGGAGUAAUAAAGAUCAAGGGGUACAUCA